ACUAUGCCCCAGACGUCCAUUGUCUUCUCCAGCAUACUCGGGCCCAGCUGUAGUGGACAGGGGCAGCCCGGCAUGGGGGAGCGAGGAAGCGGGGCCGGCAGCUCAGGGGACCUCGUCUUCCAAGAGGGACGCCUCAUCUCUGGGUCCCUGGAGGCCUUGAUGGAGCACCUGGUCCCCACAGUGGACUAUUACCCGGAUAGGACAUACAUCUUUACAUUUCUCUUGAGCUCCCGGGUCUUCAUCCCCCCUCAUGACCUGCUGGCCCGUGUUGGGCAGAUCUGCCUGGAGCGGAGGCAGCAGCUGGAGACGGGGUCUGAGAAGGCCAAGCUGAAGUCCUUCUCAGCCAAGAUUGUACAGCUGUUAAAGGAAUGGACGGAGGCCUUCCCCUACGACUUCCAGGAUGAGAAGGCCAUGGCUGAACUGAAGGUCAUCACCCACCGGGUCACACAGUGUGAUGAGGAGAACGGCACAGUGAAGAAGGCCAUUGCCCAAAUGACACAGAGCCUGCUGCUGUCCCUAGCUGCCCGAAACCAGCUUCAGGAGCUGCGGGAGAAGCUCCGCUCACCAGCCAUGGACAAAGGGUCUGUCCUCAAGGCUAAGCCACCAGCCACUCAGAAGGACAUCCUGGGCAUGUGCUGCGACCCCCUGGUGCUGGCUCAGCAGCUGACUCAUAUUGAGCUGGAGAGGGUCAGCAGCAUUCACCCUGAGGACCUGAUGCAGAUUGUCAGCCACAUGGACUCUCGGGACAAGCACAGGUGCCGAGGGGACCUGACCAAGACCUAUAGCCUGGAGGCCUAUGACAACUGGUUCAACUGCCUUAGCAUGUUAGUGGCCACCGAGGUGUGCCGGGUGGUGAAGAAGAAGCACCGGACCCGCAUGCUAGAGUUCUUUAUUGAUGUGGCCCGGGAGUGCUUCAACAUCGGGAAUUUCAACUCCAUGAUGGCCAUCAUCUCUGGCAUGAACCUCAGUCCCGUGGCGAGGCUGAAGAAAACGUGGUCCAAAGUCAAGACGGCCAAGUUUGAUGUCUUGGAGCAUCACAUGGACCCAUCCAGCAACUUCUGCAACUACCGCACCGCCCUGCAGGGGGCCACACAAAGGUCCCAGAUGGCCAACAGCAGCCGAGAGAAGAUUGUUAUCCCUGUAUUCAACCUUUUCGUUAAGGACAUUUACUUCUUGCACAAAAUCCAUACCAACCACCUGCCCAAUGGGCAUGUUAACUUCAAGAAAUUUUGGGAGAUCUCCAGACAGAUCCAUGAGUUCAUGACAUGGACUCAGGUAGAGUGUCCCUUUGAGAAGGACAAGAAGAUUCAGAAUUACCUGCUCACGGCACCCAUCUACAGCGAGGAAGCUCUCUUCAUCGCCUCCUUUGAAAGUGAAGGUCCUGAAAAUCACAUGGAAAAAGAUAGCUGGAAGACUCUCAGGACCACUCUCCUUAACAGAGCCUGAAGGCACGGAUGCAGCCUGCCGCGACGCUGGAUGAAGCACACACAUGCACUGAGUUUUAAUCUUGAUUGAUAAGGGUUGAGAUGAGGAGGCCUCACUGGUUGGGGUCCAUUUUGUAUAUAACUAACUUUUAUG